AUGAGCCCUUUCAUCGAGUCAUCUGAGGCGUGUAUUGUUCGCAUUGGAGCUGACAACUGUCUUAUAUCACUGGCGUCUGCCAAAGUGUCUGGACUGAACACCGCUGCGGCCGUCACUCGCAGUACAUCGGCCUGGACAGUCAACUUCUACGAUUCCACGCUGCACAACGACUGGCAUUGGCACAGUACGUGGGUUUCGAAGCGUGACAUCGAGUCUUAUGGAGGUUCUGUUCCCACUAAGAGAGCUGGAAAGUGUCAUGUGAAACUAUACCACAUCGGCGUCUGGAAGGCAUCCAGACUAAACACAUCUGCCACCGCCACUCCCAGCCUGUCCGCCUCGGCUGUGUACAGUACGCGAUUGUACGGGUUGAGUACAGACGUCCACACUAACGAGGGCUCCCUGCCGUCUAACAACCACAGAGUGGGGACCGCUCCAGUGUGUGCACGACGCGCACUUGGGUGGUCUACUGUGGUAUUGUAUGUACCGACAAAGUUGUUGGGACUACCUACUGAGGUGUUGAAAGUGUCUACAGUGGUGUUGGCAGUCCCUCUGUAGGUGUUGUAUGUACUGGGAUGUGCCGUGUCUGACGGUGGCGUGAGGGGGAUG